CCCCCCAAUGUCACUUUCAGCAAUAGCAUCUCAUCUAGAAAACGGUGUGGUUUCACUACGCCCUUGGCUUUGUCACUGAUAGUAUGUUACCUUCGUGAACAAUGACUAAAGACAAAGAGGUGCUAUUUACUAGCUCUCUACGCCCAUGUGUCUGUUUCGAUGCGUUUCACCUAGGAGGGAAGAAGAGGGGAACAGACUGGCGUAACAUAGUCCGGCACCCUCUGCCGACACAUCAUCCUCUUCUCAGCAGCAGAACGACCCUUCUCGGUGAAAGUGAACAGAAUAUACAGAGGACAGACAGAGAGGACACGGAAAAGAAACCAAAACGUAUAUAGUAACGAUUCUCACAUGCUUGCUUUUGGUCGUAGUUGAUAAGGACCGCGCACUUGAACUAGAAAUAAGCUACAUGCUAUUUUAGCCGACGUGUUACUAUUUUAGCGUCUAUAAACUAUUCAUUGUUUAUGUCAAGAGUAUAAACUGUAACACAUUGAGGUUCCAAUAACUCUUAGAAAAUGCUACAAUCUCUAACUAGCAAUUCGUGUGUGCGGUUGAUACAAAGUCACAAAUCGACAUGGUAUUUUUUGCUUCUAGUCUUGGGAUAUAUUCUUUAUCUUAUAUUCGGAGCUGUUGUCUUUUCAUCGGUGGAACUGCCUUAUGAAGACCUGCUAAGACAGGAGUUACGAAUCAUCAAAAAACUGUUCCUCCAAGACAACGAAUGUCUUUCGGAAGAACGCCUUGAGAAGUUUUUGGAGAAAGCGCUUGAGGCCAGUAACUAUGGAGUGUCCAUUCUCAAUAACGCAUCGGCAAAUUGGAAUUGGGACUUCACCUCCUCACUCUUUUUCGCCAGUACUGUAUUGUCUACCACAGGAUACGGUCACACCGCUCCGCUCUCCGACGGGGGAAAAGCUUUUUGUAUCGUCUACUCUGUGCUCGGCAUCCCCUUCACCCUCCUCUUCCUCACCGCCGUGGUCCAACGCAUCAUGAUCUUCAGCACCCGCCGGCCCGUCAUGUAUGUGUCCACCCGCUGGGGCCUGUCCAAACCUUUGGUAGCCGUGGUCCACGCCACGCUCCUCGCCAUCCUGGCUGCUUCCUGUUUCUUCCUCAUCCCGGCGGCCAUCUUCUCCUCCCUAGAGGAGAACUGGAACUUCCUGGAGAGUUUCUACUUCUGUUUUAUAUCUCUCAGUACCAUCGGACUGGGAGAUUACGUACCAGGAGAGUCCUUCAACCAGAGGUUCAGACAGUUCUAUAAAGUGGGCAUCACUGUCUACCUCCUCCUGGGACUGGUCGUGAUGCUGGUGGUCCUGGAGACGUUCUGUGAGCUGCAGCAGCUGAAGACCCUGAGGAAGAUGUUCUAUCUGAAGAAGGAGAAACCACAGGACCGCCUGGCGAUACUGGAGCACGACCAUCUGGCCUUCACCUCUGUGUCCCACCGGACCAACUCCACCUCGCUCAGGGAGGACAAGACCAAGAACGUGCCCUUCGUUAGUGUCCCCGAGCUGGCCUCGCCCGGUGGGGACCACCCCAUGAUCGGCUAGAAAGGGGGUGGGGAUAGUUCAAAUGUUUGGGUGAAACUAGGGAAGGACAAGGAGAGUAGAAGUGUAGUGAGGGGGGAGGAAUGGUGAAACCAAGGUUGCAUCCCAAUUCUCUAUCCUUCUUCUGAAGUGUGGACUUGAUCACUGCAUUGUCAUUAUACCCUGAUGAAGACAGCUUGUCUGUCGAAACGUUGCUUAUUAAAUUAUUGCAUCUGAGCCCCUGGGUGUGCAGCUCUCCUUUUCUUUUUCAAGUGUUCUACUCUGCUAGCCAGCACCUCUCCUAAACACGUGUUCUACUCCGCUAGCCAGCACCUCUCCUAAACACGUGUUCUACUCCGCUAGCCAGCACCUCGCCUAAACACGUGUUCUACUCCGCUAGCCAGCACCUUGCCUACACAUGUGUUCUACUCUGCUAGCCAGCACCUCUCCUAAACACGUGUUCUACUCCGCUAGCCAGCACCUUGCCUACACAUGUGUUCUACUCUGCUAGCCAGCACCUCUCCUAAACACGUGUUCUACUCCGCUAGCCAGCACCUCACCUAAACACGUGUUCUACUCUGCUAGCCAGCACCUCACCUAAACACGUGUUCUACUCUGCUAGCCAGCACCUCUCCUAAACACGUGUUCUACUCCGCUAGCCAGCACCUGGCCUAAACAUGUGUUCUACUCCGCUAGCCAGCACCUCUCCUAAACACGUGUUCUACUCCGCUAGCCAGCACCUCACCUAAACACGUGUUCUACUCUGCUAGCCAGCACCUCACCUAAACACGUGUUCUACUCUGCUAGCCAGCACCUCUCCUAAACACGUGUUCUACUCCGCUAGCCAGCACCUGGCCUAAACACGUGUUCUACUCCGCUAGCCAGCACCUCACCUAAACACGUGUUCUACUCUGCUAGCCAGCACCUCACCUAAACACGUGUUCUACUCUGCUAGCCAGCACCUCUCCUAAACACGUGUUCUACUCCGCUAGCCAGCACCUGGCCUAAACACGUGUUCUACUCUGCUAGCCAGCACCUCACCUAAACACGUGUUCUACUCUGCUAGCCAGCACCUCUCCUAAACACGUGUUCUACUCCGCUAGCCAGCACCUGGCCUAAACAUGUGUUCUACUCCGCUAGCCAGCACCUGGCCUAAACAUGUGUUCUACUCUGCUAGCCAGCACCUCACCUAAACACGUGUUCUACUCCGCUAGCCAGCACCUCACCUAAACACGUGUUCUACUCCGCUAGCCAGCACCUCACCUAAACACGUGUUCUACUCCGCUAGCCAGCACCUCACCUAAACACGUGUUCUACUCCGCUAGCCAGCACCUCACCUAAACACGUGUUCUACUCCGCUAGCCAGCACCUCACCUAAACACGUGUUCUACUCUGCUAGCCAGCACCUCUCCUAAACACGUGUUCUACUCCGCUAGCCAGCACCUCACCUAAACACGUGUUCUACUCUGCUAGCCAGCACCUCUCCUAAACACGUGUUCUACUCCGCUAGCCAGCACCUGGCCUAAACAUGUGUUCUACUCCGCUAGCCAGCACCUGGCCUAAACAUGUGUUCUACUCUGCUAGCCAGCACCUCUCUUAAACACGUGUUCUACUCCGCUAGCCAGCACCUCUCCUAAACACGUGUUCUACUCCGCUAGCCAGCACCUCGCCUAAACACGUGUUCUACUCCGCUAGCCAGCACCUUGCCUACACAUGUGUUCUACUCUGCUAGCCAGCACCUCUCCUAAACACGUGUUCUACUCCGCUAGCCAGCACCUCACCUAAACACGUGUUCUACUCUGCUAGCCAGCACCUCACCUAAACACGUGUUCUACUCUGCUAGCCAGCACCUCUCCUAAACACGUGUUCUACUCCGCUAGCCAGCACCUCACCUAAACACGUGUUCUACUCUGCUAGCCAGCACCUCUCCUAAACACGUGUUCUACUCCGCUAGCCAGCACCUCACCUAAACACGUGUUCUACUCCGCUAGCCAGCACCUCACCUAAACACGUGUUCUACUCCGCUAGCCAGCACCUCGCCUAAACACGUGUUCUACUCCGCUAGCCAGCACCUCUCCUAAACACGUGUUCUACUCUGCUAGCCAGCACCUCGCCUAAACACGUGUUCUACUCCGCUAGCCAACACCUCUCCUAAACACGUGUUCUACUCCGCUAGCCAGCACCUCUCCUAAACACGUGUUCUACUCUGCUAGCCAACACCUCGCCUAAACACGUGUUCUACUCCGCUAGCCAGCACCUCACCUAAACACGUGUUCUACUCCGCUAGCCAGCACCUCGCCUAAACACGUGUUCUACUCCGCUAGCCAGCACCUCUCCUAAACACGUGUUCUACUCUGCUAGCCAGCACCUCGCCUAAACACGUGUUCUACUCCGCUAGCCAACACCUCUCCUAAACACGUGUUCUACUCCGCUAGCCAGCACCUCUCCUAAACACGUGUUCUACUCUGCUAGCCAACACCUCGCCUAAACACGUGUUCUACUCCGCUAGCCAGCACCUCACCUAAACACGUGUUGUACUCCGCUAGCCAGCACCUCUCCUAAACACGUGUUCUACUCUGCUAGCCAGCACCUCUCCUAAACACGUGUUCUACUCCGCUAGCCAGCACCUCACCUAAACACGUGUUCUACUCCGCUAGCCAGCACCUGGCCUAAACACGUGUUCUACUCCGCUAGCCAGCACCUCACCUAAACAGGUGUUCUACUCCGCUAGCCAGCACCUCACCUAAACACGUGUUGUACUCCGCUAGCCAGCACCUCACCUAAACACGUGUUCUACUCCGCUAGCCAGCACCUCACCUAAACACGUGUUCUACUCCGCUAGCCAGCACCUCACCUAAACACGUGUUGUACUCCGCUAGCCAGCACCUGGCUUAAACACGUGUUCUACUCCGCUAGCCAGCACCUGGCUUAAACACGUGUUCUACUCCGCUAGCCAGCACCUCACCUAAACACGUGUUGUACUCCGCUAGCCAGCACCUGGCUUAAACACGUGUUCUACUCCGCUAGCCAGCACCUCUCCUAAACACGUGUUCUACUCCGCUAGCCAGCACCUCACCUAAACAGGUGUUCUACUCUGCUAGCCAGCACCUCACCUAAACACGUGUUCUACUCCGCUAGCCAGCACCUCACCUAAACACGUGUUCUACUCCGCUAGCCAGCACCUCACCUAAACACGUGUUCUCCUCCGCUAGCCAGCACCUGGCCUAAACACGUGUUCUACUCCGCUAGCCAGCACCUCACCUAAACAGGUGUUCUACUCUGCUAGCCAGCACCUCACCUAAACACGUGUUCUACUCCGUUAGCCAGCACCUGGCCUAAACACGUGUUCUACUCCGUUAGCCAGCACCUCACCUAAACAUUUCAUCAUUGUGAAAUGCCCUGAAUAUGAAUUACAGUAAGAUGUUUAUUUGAUGCUAGUUUAUUUGAUGCUAGUUUAUUUGAUGCUAGUUUAUUUGAUGCUAGUUUAUUUGAUGCUAGUUUAUUUGAUGCUAGUUUAUUUGAUGCUAGUUUAUUUGAUGCUAGUUUAUUUGAUGCUAGUUUAUUUGAUGCUAGUUUAAAGUACAAGUUGUGAUGUUAUUUUGAGGUAGUUAAGUGUUUCUUGACUCGUGCUGUACUGUCUGUAUUUAUCAUGUUAUUUAGUCUGAAAGAAAGGGACGUACUGUGUCUAAUGUGUGGUUUAUUGAAUGUUAAAGGGACGGUAAAAAAGGGAACACAAACAAGGCAGGUCUGAAUCAUUGUACACUGCGAGAAGAAAUGAUGCUGUAUAGAGCCAUAAAAGGUUCAGUGACUCAUUUCAUAAGUUCCUCAUAAAGCACUUUAUUUUUAGCAGUGUAUUCUCAUCAAUCAUAUGACCACAGCAGGUUACUGUACACCUGAUGUGAACCACUCAGAAAUGGGAAAUGACCAGGUUGAACAUUUUGGACCAAAAAUGAUUGAUCUGGAAAGUACAAAAAUUAUAUCCUGUACUUCAGAUUUAAGUGAGAGGACAAAGAAGAACUGAAUUUAGAAGAAGUGAUGUUGUUGUUCGAAGACUUGCAGUGUGUGUACAGAUAUAGGAUCUUAAUUUGACCAGUAUUGUCACAGCAAAAUAAUCCUGCAGGAACAGGAUUUUAACAUUUAGUCCAUAAUGUUGCUUGAUUAGUGGUUAGGCUAUUAGCUGGCCAAAAGUAGGCUACAUGAAAAGUGCAAUACUGUUAAUAUAACUGUGUUAGUGUGGGUUUUUAGAGAAUGUAUGUAAAUCACAAAGCUCAUCUGCAACAAAAGAGUGAUCAAAUUAAGAGCCUACAUCUUUAAAGGACUGCUCUGUGACAGACAAGAAAAGUCUGCUUAUUUGAUACUGCAAAUCACUAUUUAAAAACAUGACUAUAAACUAGUUUUGAACUAUUUUAGAAAGAGCUUAGUAUUUCUGGGGGAUGUUAAGAGCGGUGUUAACAAAUGUGUGUUUGUAAUUUAUGCCGAUGAUGAUUCUAAUAAAGGUAUUCCGUGAGAGACUCAGAGGAA